UUAGUUACCCUAUAGCCAGUUCCAUAUUACCAUUUAGGGAUUGUCUGGAUGUCAGGGUGUGUUUGUGUCAGGUGUAAAAUCAGGUAGAACAGGUUCCUGGUUGUUCUGAUCUGAAUGCACUGCACUGCCCUCCCCCUUCCCUAGCCUAUUGUUCCCUCUCUCUCAUACGCUGGCUGUUUCACUGAGAGAUCUCACUGCAUUCCGCACACCUGUUAGCUGUAACCACCUGACCAAGCACCAGAAAAAGAACAGGAACGAGAGAGACGGGAUAUGGACCUUUACGCAAUCAUCAGUGCUGUUUUGCUUCUGCAACUGCAAGGUUUUCAUGUGGCCUUGCUCCAGGCACCAACAGACUCUCCAGGACGGACGAUUGAUCAAAGUUGGCUUCGUCAAUUGGCCAAAUCCAAGCUAAACAAGACGUCACKAGCUCAGCCCAAUGACAUUGUUGAUAUGACCCUGGAGGGUACUGAGUCAACAGAUGACUCUGCUGAGGUUAUCGCAAAUGGAUCCGUGUCAUUUAGUGGGGAACAGGUCAACAUCCAGGACACAAAUGAGACUUCAGGUGGUGUGACAAAUGGCACCACAAUGCCACCAGGGUUGCCAGAUGCUACAGCAGAGGAACCUCCAGAAACCACUGUUGCACCAGAACCCCCAGUGAGUGUUGCCUUAAACUCAAGCCAAGUUUCCAAUGCAACCGGAGAGGACAGUGGAUUCCAAACUACCACCACUACUGCAAUCACAGAAAACUCAAAUGGCUCUAAUUCCAUGUACAAUUACACYAAAUUAAAUGAGACAACCACAGCUCCAGACACCAAUAGCACAGAGCAGACUGGUCCAGAUCCUGAUGCUGAGAACAGGGUAACCAACAGUACAGAGGACUUCCAUAAUGUAACGACUGCAGUCCCAGAGCCAUCCAGUGAACCAUCCACAGCUUCCCCCUCCACAAAGCUUCCCUUGGACUCCCCUGGGACUACAACUGCCAAAAUCAUCCCAGAAACUAAAACAACCACAGGUCCCAGCACAAUAACAGACAUGAUGGAAACGGGUGCCGCUUCAGGAAGCAACUCUGCYAGAGGCUUGGCCUCAGAUGCAGUGCAGAACAAGAAGAGGAGUCAGGCAUGGGCUGCCAUCCUGGGCACAGGAGUGGCAGUGUGCUUCGUGGCGUUGGUGGUCUAUGUCAUCCUGAGAAGGAGAGGCCGACGGGAUUUCACACACAGGAAGCUUGUUGAGGAAAUCCCAGACCCAGUUCUACGACUGAACAACACUGAGCCUGUGGACUUGAAAUAUGAUGGUUCAGCCUACUACAAUCGUGGACUCCAAAUGGACAAUAUCCAAAUGGACCACUUUCCACAAGGACAUCAAAAUUGAAAAGGACUCCAAGACUAACCUUAAACACUUUAAAGAAGACUUUCAUAUACAAAAUACUUAUUGAGACCCGACAUACGCAUUAACGUGCAUAAGUCUCUAUAGCAGAAUGUCAAGUUAUGGAUUUACUGCACCCUAAUGCAUUGGUUUUGUGGGCUAAUUUUUUUGUAAAUUUUUCCAAAUUUCAGAAAACUUUGAGAAUGUGGAAAAGUGUUAGGGAUUUAUUAUUAUUUUGGAACAUUUGAAUUAUAUGUUUAUAUGUUUUUAUUUCUAAAAUGACAUUGUUUUGGAAGGAAAGUUUUUUUAAAUUUGCUGGAAAUAUUCCCAUUCUUUGUUACGCCUAGGACGAAUACUACCUUUACAUAACUUAGACUUCCACAUAAUUAUCGCAUUGAUCUCAAUGGGAGAAAACGUCAUGCAUGGAUCUCAAUUUAUGAUUCUAGACACUUCAGCACAGUCUAUUAUAGAAGUAGUAAAAGCCAAAAAUGAAGUAUAUAUUUCCAAGAUGGUUCGACAAAGGUAACUAAACAUUUCUUAGACAUGAAGACCUACACUCAAAUAAGGUUAUUUUUGUACCUUACUCUAAAUGACAAUUUAGCCGCAGGUCAACUCAAUUUUUAUUUAACCUUUAUUUAACUAGGCAAGUCAGAUAAGAACCCAUUCUUAUUUACAAUGACGGCCUACUCCG